CCAUGGAGUACGAGGGACCAACACUGGGACUGGAUUCCAAAGAGUACGAAAAAACGAAUAUACUGAACUCUGGAAUACAAUCAAUCUACCAGGGAUAUGGGAAGCUGAAGAAAAGAACUGAAUUGACGCCUUGGACAACCCAAGCACUGGGAACGAAUUAGAAAGAUGUCGGUAACGGGCAGAGCCUCGGCACCUACAAUACAGAGAGAUGCAGCAGAUCUAGUACCUUCAUCCUCACCUGCCUUUGGAACUCCAGCCCAUCCUUUCCGAAUUACCAAACCAGGACCUGAUCGCCCAAAGACCUCCGUCUUGCCCAUUCUGCUACCUGUAUCGACACUUCGGCCAGUAGCAUUUCGCGCUUUUACCCGGAAGCAUAACCUGACGCUUUCCUCCUCUACUCUACAGACCCUAGCAAAUUUUGUCGGCAAAAAUUGCGGCUCAGGAUGGCGCGAGGAAGGCCUUGCAGAGCGAGUACUCGACGAGGUUGCUAAGGCCUGGAAAAAGGCCGGGGGGGGCGUUAUCGUGGAAGAAGGUAAAGGCGCGUCAGUGAAAACUAUUCUCCAAUCCUUGGAAGGGAACAUUAUCGGUGGUAGAGUUGUCACCGGAAAAACUAGCCCUGACGGAGUGGUAAUUUCCAUGAAAGGCGCGCCCAGCGAACUAAGCACCUAUGAUUCUACAGCCACAGCAGAGGAUAAAGAAAAUGAGGAGUCAGAUCUUUCGCUGCAUCCAAGAAGCUGGAUGAAGAUCGUUGGAGCGUACGAAAUGCCGCGUCUUCUUUACAAUGUGGAAAAGAAAUUCUUUGAAAUCUCAAAAUCAAACCCUACCCUGUUUCCGCCGCCAUCCCACAAAACCUCCCUCUUCAAAGAACGAUACAAUCUCAUAUAUCAGCGGCUACUGCGCAACGAGGCGUUCCAAACGGCGCUCAGCUUUUCUGAAACCCUCCCUUUACAGCGAUCCUUGGGCCCUAACCAAAGCUACAAACUUACUCCGAUAGCGAACCUCUUGGGACGAAGUGGAACAUCGCAUCUUCUUCUAGGAUUGCUUUCUAUAUCACCCACAGGUGAUUUGUCUCUGACCGAUCUGUCAGGCAGUGUCUGCCUCGACCUAAGUCAUGCAAGGAUCAUUCCUCAAGACGGGGCAUGGUUUACACCAGGAAUGAUCGUGGUUGUCGAUGGAAUCUAUGAGGAAGAAGAAAACGUCAGGGGGUCGACUCUAGGUGGUAAUAGCGGGGUUGGAGGUAUGAUAGGUGGAAGAUUUGUGGGUGUCACCAUUUGUGGCCCGCCAUGUGAACGAAGAGAUAUCUCUCUGGGGGUCAAGAGUCGACCGGACUCGGCAGAUUUUAACUCAGGUGGAGGGUUCGGCUGGGUGGACUUCCUAGGUGUAGGGAGUGAACGUGCUCAAGGGCCACGCAUGAGAAAGAUCGAAGCGAAAUGCCUUCAGAGCGAACAUCCUACCGAGGCAUCUAAACGGCUUAAGGUGGCUAUCUUGAGCGAAGUUAAUCUUGAUGAUUCGAAAACAAUUGGAGCUCUGAAGAAGGUCUUUAAAAGCUACAACGACCUCAUUCUUUCUGAGCGCCCGUUGGCUUUUAUCUUGAUUGGCAACUUCAUUGGAAAAGGUGUCGCGGAUGGAGGAGGCCAAAUUUCCAGUAUCGAGUAUAAGGAAUGCUUCGAUUCACUUGCUCUAAUACUGUCGGAAUUCCCAUCGAUAUUGCGUCAUUCUACAUUUGUCUUUGUUCCUGGUAGCCAGGAUCCUUGGGCAUCUGCAUUCUCGAGUGGUGCGUCUUCCACAAUCCCUCGAGAUGCAGUCCCCGAGCUGUUCACGUCCAGAGUCAAGCGUGCCUUUUCCACAGCGAAUUCAGAGUCUGAUACACCGACUUCGGCUGAACCCGCAGGAGAAGCUAUUUGGACAUCUAAUCCCUCGCGGCUAACUCUAUUUGGUCCUGUCCAUGAAAUCACUGUCUUACGUGAUGACAUUUCAAGCAGAUUUAGGCGCAGCUCUGUGAUCUUUGAUUGCGAAGCUCCGGACCCAGCGACUCUGGAACCGAAAGAUGUUGACAUGGGGAGCGCACUCGAUUCUGCUACAUUAGAGGAUCUAGGUGAGACUCCUCGCCUGCCCCCAAAGUCCGAGGACCUACGAUCUGCAAUGCAUAGCGCACGGAAACUUGUCAAAACGAUCCUAGACCAGGGGACUAUGUCGCCGUUCCCGCUCUCCAUUCGACCUGUUCUGUGGGAUUAUUCAGCGGCGCUACACCUUUUCCCCUUACCAACAGCCCUUGUAUUAUCUGAUUCGGAGAUCUCGUCUUUCUGCAUCACAUACGAAGGCUGCCAUGUAAUGAAUCCAGGACGACUUGUUCCAGAGAACGAUUCGAACCUUGUGAGGUGGAUCGAGUAUGAUGUUCUCAAAAAUAGAGGGAAGCUGAAAGAAGACCGCUUCUGAUGGAAAUAAAUGAACUUAAUGCAAUUGUUACGGUUAUGAUAAUGCCUGUAUCUAGAUAUCCUAGAUAGGAGUUGGACAUGACUUCCUGAAAGAUUAGCCGCACCUUAGUGGCUCCAGCGGCCAUGUUUUCACACUUGUACUUGGGGAGUCCGUCUCUUGGAAAAGUCACCUGUGAUAUUUAUGACUGUUGUCUUCCCAAAUUGCUGCUUUUCUCGCUGCCAGGACGCAUUCCUUAGGUAGUAUAGGUGUGAAUACAGGCACCAACUAUAUCAGACCUGCAGCUACUAUAAUGUAAAUCCAU